AUGGGUAUUCGUAUGCCUCGGAUCAUUCAAGCAAGACAAAUACUCCAACGGUCUUUGUCAAAUGGAAACCGCACAACAUCAAUGGAUCUACCGAAAGGGUAUUUUGCAGUUUAUGUUGGAGAACAAGAGAAGAAGCGUUUUGUGAUUCCUGUGACAUUGUUAAGCCAACCUUCAUUUCAGGACCUAUUACGUGAGACUGAGGAAGACUUUAGACAUGACCAUCCAAUGGGUGGCCUAACAAUCCCGUGUAGUGAGCAGACAUUAUUUGAUCUUGCAAGUCGCAUGGGAGCAUGUUGA